AUGGUGCAGCAAGCGGAAAGUACAGAGACUGAAAGCAACCUGCCCCGGGAGGCGAUGGACACCGAAGAGGGCGAGUUUAUGGCAUGCAGCCCGGUCGCUUUGGAUGAGAGCGACCCGGACUGGUGCAAAACGGCUUCAGGGCACAUUAAGAGACCGAUGAAUGCGUUCAUGGUGUGGUCUAAAAUCGAGAGGAGAAAAAUCAUGGAGCAGUCUCCGGACAUGCACAAUGCGGAGAUCUCCAAGCGCCUGGGCAAGCGGUGGAAAAUGCUGAAGGACAGCGAGAAGAUCCCCUUCAUCCGGGAGGCAGAGAGACUGAGGCUCAAACACAUGGCCGAUUACCCCGACUACAAAUACAGACCCAGGAAAAAGCCCAAAAUGGACCCAUCAGCCAAGCCCAGUGCCAGCCAGAGCCCGGAGAAAAACGCACCCACCAGCAGCAGCAGCAAAAGCGCCAAGAGCUCCAGUAAGAAAUGUAGCAAGCUGAAGUCCUCCUCCUCCUCUCCCGCCAAACCCGGGGCUAAAGCCACCCACCCCGGGGACUACGCGGGGGAGGACUAUGUCUACGGCACCCUGAAAGUGAGCAGCAAAACCGUCAAGUGCGUCUUCAUGGACGAGGAUGAUGAAGAGGAGGAGGAGGAGGACGAGCUGCAGCUCAGGAUCAAGCAAGAGGCGGAGGAGGAAGAGGACGAGGAAGACGAGCAGCAGCAGCAGAGGCGAUAUAAUGUAGCCAAAGUCCCGGCCAGUCCCACCUUAAGCUCUUCGGCAGAGUCCACCGAGGGGGCCAGCCUGUACGAAGAGGUGAGGGGCAGCGCAGCCUCGCACGGCAGCAGCGGCAGCAAUAGACUGUACUACAACUUCAAGAACAUCACCAAGCAGAACACCCAGCAGCAGCCCAGCCUGUCCCCGGCUUCCUCCAGGUCCAUCUCCACCUCCUCCUCCAGCAGCGAAGAGACGGACGACCUGAUGUUCGACUUGAGCUUGAAUUUCUCCCAGCACCCUCACGCCGCCUCGGAGCUGGGGGUGAGCUCUGCUUCGGGGAACCUGUCUCUGUCCCUGGUGGAUAAAGAUUUGGAUUCGUUCAGCGAGGGCAGCUUGGGCUCUCACUUCGAGUUCCCCGAUUACUGCACCCCGGAGCUGAGCGAAAUGAUUGCAGGGGACUGGCUGGAAGCGAACUUUUCCGACUUGGUCUUCACUUACUGA